CAAAUGGUAAAUGGCAAACAUAUAUGCUCUGAUCCAGAGGAUCCUUGGGCCAUACAAAUCAUAGAGAAAUUGUCUGAAAGAACAACCAUAAAAGCGCCCAAUACCCCACCAUCAACUUCUACAAGUUGGACAACAACUACUAUAAGCACAUCUACACCAGGAAUAAGUACAACAAGCACAAUAACCACGACACCUAAAGGAACAUCAACCACAUGGAAAAAAACAACAUACAUCACUCAUACAUCUUCGCCCAAACAACCAAUUGGACAACAGCUGCCUCGAUGGACGACAAUGCAAAUUACGAGAGGGAAGAUGGCUACUACUGUGGCUAGGAAGCCAGUGAUAACUGAUAGCAAGUCGACUUCCACGACUAUGACAACAGCAAGCCCAAUGACCACGACUACACCUAAAGGAACAUCAACCACAUGGAAAGCAUCAACAUACAUCACUCAUACGGCUUCACCCAAACAACCAUUUGGACAACAGCCGCCUCAAGGGACAACAACACAAAUUAUGACAGCUAAGAUGACUACUACUGCGGCUAGGAAGCUAGUGAUAACUGAUAGCAAGACGACUUCCAUGACUAUGACAACAGCAAGCCCAGUGACCUUGACGGCACUUAAAGGAACAUCAACCACAUGGAAAGCAUCAACAUACAUCGCUGAUACAACCUCGACCAAAGAACUGCCUGGGAAUACCAAAAAGCCGCCAAUUAGGACACAAUUUACAACGCAAAUUGCGAUUACUACGAAAAGUAAGCCAGUUACGCCUGAAACCAAGACGACUUCCAUGACUAUGACAACAGAAAACCGAUUGACCAGGACAACACCUAAAGGAACAUCAACCACAGAAAGACCAGCCCAUAAACCAUCCACAGCAACUGGUAAACCAGUAAAACGUUGCCCAACGACCAUGGCCAGCAGCACGACAAAAAAGAUGAAAAUUCCAUGGACAGUCAGACGUCUGAGAAAGAAAAGUAAGAAGGGACUAAGGCGAGCUCAGAUAAACCCAGGAUGUGUAUAGGUUUGACCAAAACUGUUCAGUUUGGUUUUGAGAUCUUUUUGAGUCUGUAAGGUUAAAGGUUAAGAAGCUUUUGUGCUCUGAGACGACCGCAGAACAUUGUGAGAAAAUUUUUGUGGUAAUUUUCUGCCCACUUUUAUCCGUGCACUUUCUUUCCACGUUGACUCAUUCAGUGCCAGACUUGAGACUUUUGGCACAUUGAUACGGGCAUGAUGCGUAUUGUGUAGUGAUGCUCACACUAGGUUUCUGACCAUGGGUGAACUGUACAGAUUUACAGAUGCAAACAUUUAGAUUUAUAUUUAGAUUUACAGUAUUUGCCUGGGGCCAUUAUUGAGCGACUUAAAGAAAUGCAUUGUAGCCUCCAAGGUCAGAGUUGAAGAAUACAAGCUAAAGUCUUAUUUUUAAAAUAUUAAUCUUAAGUAGUAGUAGGGGUAAAUUUUACUUUCCUUUUAUUUUGUUUUUUUAUUGUUUAGUUCUUAUUUAAGUGCUUAUUAAAGCCAGUCAGGGGAAGUUGAUUCCCCGUUCAGGUGCCGUUACAGAGGUGCCAACAAAUAGCAUCCAUACACGAUCAUAGAUCCUUGAAGAUUGCUAAGUGUAUCUGAACUGUGCACAAUCACAGAUAUGUGUAAUAAUGUAGAUCAAUGUAAUUUUAUACUUUUUUUGUUGUUGUUCUAAUUGUACUAUUUACGUACAGUGAUUGUGAUACGGAGCAGAAAGGUGCUUAUCCAACACUAUCUCUGUUGAACCCUUUGCUCUGAUGUGCAAUAAUGAUGUCCAGGGAGUAAUUUCAGUGCAACAUAAAGUUGCUCCUUGAAUUAAAAUGAUGUAUGUAUGCUUUUCUAUUUAUUACACUGAUUAGAAUAUUUAUGUGGCCAUGUCACGUCACGUCUCGUUUUUUCUCAUUAAAGCGAAUAUACUAGA